UCGAUUAUUGUAUCUGUUAAUAUAUCUGUGUUGUUUUCUCGUUUCUUUCAAUUUCUUUCUUUACUUGCUUGCUCUUUUAUUCUCGUUUUAAACACAAAAAUAUUGAUUAAUUUAAUUGUGACUUAAAGAUGGAGGAAAGUGAUAGUCAGUCUAUGUCUGAAAAGUAUAUGGUCAAUUCUCGUUCAGAUGAUUACGAUGAUUCUCAGGAUGGCGGGACAACUGAGAAUGAACAAUCCGACUCUGGCCAUUCUUCUAGACCGUUACGUGAACAAGAUAGAUAUUUGCCCAUAGCAAAUAUUGCUCGAAUCAUGAAAAGAUCUAUCCCUAAAUCGGGUAAAAUUGCCAAAGAUGCUAAAGAAUGUAUACAAGAAUGUGUUUCCGAAUUUAUUAGCUUUAUUACCAGUGAAGCAAGUGAUCGGUGUCAUCAAGAGAAGCGGAAAACAAUCAACGGAGAAGACAUUCUUUUUGCCAUGUCUAGUUUGGGCUUUGAUAAUUAUAUUGAACCUCUAAAAGUGUAUCUUCAAAAAUAUCGUGAAAUGAUGCCCAAACUUAAAUCAGAGAAUGAUCUAACCAAUUUUGAUUUGUACGACUCUAAGGGAACUGAAGAUAUCUCACGGUCAUCAAUCGGCUGAGACAAUUAACAAGUCUUUCAAGCAUCGAAUGCUGCCAUAAUUCAAAUCAUUUUUUACAACUCUCGUGAUUUAAAAGGAACUCUUUUCUCAUGUGUGUAUGUAUGUUUUUUGUGAUGUUCUCGGUCAAAAAGGAUAAAUCAUGAACUCAUUAAAUUGAGGAAGGA